CAGUGAGCUUGACAGGGACAGACGGGAGGAGGCGGCGGAGGCGGAGGACCAUAGCAACGGCUACCGCUGGACUUCAGAUUUUUUUUUUUUUUUGUUAACUUACUGUACUUUUGUAUUCGUUUGGCUGGGAUGGUGGCGCGUCAGAAGUGUAACACUGCUGGCGGCUGUGCGACGAGGCGAUUCAGACAAAAUGCUAAGACCUCAGCAUUAAGAUGCCGCGGUUCAGAGAGUAAGAGUCCCUUGGUAGAUGAAGCUGUAUAGGGUAUGUCCGCAGCGCUGAGAAUAUAUCACACGAAUGAUAUAUUAAUAGUACGACUACAAUAAGAAUGACUGUAUCGGUGAUUGGAAGAAACACUGAAGCACUGUGACGAUCGCCACAGUGCUGUGCUGUCGAACUGAAGAAGAUAACGAGAUCAAAUAUUUACAAUUAAUAACACCGAAUACUGUACUGGACACAAAGGCAGUGCGGCAGAUCAAAAGCAUUCAAUAAAACCCAUCACAAAAGAACAAGAUGUUUCGUCGCUGCUUCAGCCGCUGGUGUGGAGGGGAUGAAAAGAGAGUGGACAGCAGGACCAUCUACGUUGGAUACCGGCUCUGUCCCAGCACAAACACAUACCCCCCUCUCAGAUUCUGUGACAACAGGAUAAUUUCCUCCAAGUACACAGUGUGGAACUUUCUUCCCAAAAACCUGUUUGAACAGUUCAGAAGAAUUGCCAAUUUCUACUUCCUUAUUAUCUUCCUGGUGCAGGUGAUUGUGGACACACCCACCAGUCCAGUGACCAGCGGGCUGCCACUCUUCUUCGUGAUCACAGUGACCGCCAUCAAACAGGGCUAUGAGGACUGGCUCAGACACAAGGCUGACAAUGAGGUGAACAAGUACCUGGUGAGCGUGCAGGAGGAUGGCGGGGCGGUGCGCAAGGAGAGCGAGGAGAUCAAGGUGGGGGAUAUUGUGGAGGUCACUGAGGACGAGACCUUUCCCUGCGACCUCAUCCUGCUGCAGUCCACUCGAGACGAUGGCACCUGCUUCGUCACCACGGCCAGCCUGGACGGGGAGUCCAACCACAAGACUCACUUCACAGUGGCAGACACAGAGAAGGAUCUGCAUUCCUUCUGCGCCACCAUUGAGUGUGAGCAGCCCCAGCCGGACCUCUAUAAGUUUGUUGGCAGAAUGCACAUCACUAAGGAUAGCCAAGAGCCUAUUGUGAGGUCAUUAGGGCCAGAGAAUCUGCUGCUGAAAGGAGCCACCUUAAAAAACACCAAGAAAAUCUACGGCGUAGCUGUUUACACUGGGAUGGAAACGAAGAUGGCUUUGAACUACCAGGGGAAAUCCCAGAAGCGCUCUGCAGUGGAGAAGUCGAUCAACGCCUUUCUGAUUGUGUAUCUCUGCAUCCUCAUCAGCAAGGCCCUGGUGUGCACCACGCUCAAGUACGUGUGGCAGAGUCACCCGGGCCAUGAUGAGCCCUGGUACAACCAGAAAACACAGAAAGAGAAGGACACUAACAAGUUACUCAAGAUGUUCACAGACUUCCUGUCGUUCAUGGUCCUGUUCAAUUUCAUCAUCCCGGUGUCCAUGUACGUUACCGUGGAGAUGCAGAAGUUCCUGGGCUCGUUCUUCAUCUCCUGGGACAAGGACUUCUUUGACCAGGAGAUCGAGGAGGGUGCUCUCGUCAACACCUCCGACCUCAACGAGGAGCUGGGGCAGGUGGAGUAUGUGUUCACAGACAAAACGGGCACGCUGACUCAGAACAACAUGGAGUUCAUCGAGUGCUGCAUCGACGGCUAUCGGUACAACUACCGGGACUGCAGAACCGAGCUGGAUGGGUUCUGUGUCACCGACGGGCCUGUCAGCAAACUGCAAGAGAAGGCAGGCAAGGAGAAGGAGGAGCUGUUCCUGCGGGCGCUGUGCCUGUGCCACACUGUCCAGGUGAAGGAGGGCACGGAGCUUGAUGGCAUGGACGAGGUGGAUGGGAUCAGAGCGAGCGACGAUGCUGAGCAGUGCUGCUACAUCGCUUCCUCCCCAGACGAGGUGGCGCUGGUCAAGGGAGCCCAGAAGUACGGGUUCAUGUUCCUGGGCAUGGAAGGUAAAGAUAUGAAAAUUCAGAACAGGAACAAAGACGUUGAGCAUUAUGAACUCCUCCAUGUGUUGAACUUUGACCCAGUGAGGCGGCGGAUGAGCGUGAUUGUGAAGACUAAGUCAGGGGAGACUCUUCUGUUCUGUAAAGGUGCCGACUCCUCGGUGUUCCCACGAGUGCAGGCGGAGGAGGUGGAGAGAAUCCGGAUGCACGUGGAGCGCAAUGCCACGGAGGGGUACCGCACCCUGUGCGUGGCAUACAAGUCUCUGAGCUUGGAGGAGUUUGAGCAGAUGGACGCAGCGCUGCAGGAUGCCCGGCUCGCCCUGCAGGACCGUGAGGAGAGGCUGGCACAGGUGUAUGACCAGGUGGAAGCGGGCAUGCACCUCAUCGGAGCCACCGCUGUGGAGGACAGGCUGCAGGAGGAGGCUGCAGAGACGAUGGAAGCCCUGCACGGUGCAGGGAUGAAGAUCUGGGUACUCACCGGAGACAAGAUGGAGACGGCCAAGUCCACCUGCUACUCCUGCCGCCUCUUCCUGAAGAACACAGAGCUGCUGGAGCUGACUGUGCGCACCCUGGAGGAGGGGGGUUGCCCGAGAGAGGAGAAGCUGCAUGAUCUGCUGCUAGACUACCACAAGAGAGCGGUGCAGGACCGGCACAAAGACAAGGACAAGGAGGGGGUCACCAGGAGCUGGUCCUCUGGGUUCCAGGAGUUUGGCUUCAUUGUGGACGGUGCCACGCUGUCUCUGCUGCUGAACGCCUCCCCUGAUGCCAGUGCCAGUCGCUACAAGAGCCUCUUCCUGCAGAUCUGCCAGAACUGCAUCGCUGUGCUCUGCUGUCGGAUGGCUCCGCUGCAGAAAGCUCAGAUUGUGAAGAUGGUAAAGAAUUCCAAAGGCAGUCCCAUCACCCUGUCUAUAGGUGAUGGAGCCAACGAUGUCAGCAUGAUAUUGGAAGCACAUGUGGGCAUUGGUGUGAAGGGUAAGGAGGGCCGGCAGGCAGUGCGGAACAGCGACUACGCCAUCCCCAAGCUGAAACACCUGAAGAAGCUGCUGCUGGUGCACGGGCACCUCUACUACGUCAGGAUCGCACACCUGGUGCAGUACUUCUUCUACAAGAAUCUUUGCUUCAUUUUACCUCAGUUCUUAUACCAGUUUUUCUGUGGAUUCUCUCAACAACCCCUGUACGACGCUGCCUACCUGACGAUGUACAAUAUCUGCUUCACCUCCAUGCCCAUUGUGGCCUACAGUCUGCUGGAGCAACACAUCUGCAUUGAGAGCCUGCAGGAGAACGCCUCGCUCUACAGAGGGAUCGCUAAGAACGCAAUGCUGCGCUGGGGUCCCUUCCUGUACUGGACGCUGCUGGGGCUUUUCGAAGGGCUUAUCUUCUUUUUUGGGGUGUACCAGCUCUUCUGGAACCCUGCCCUGGCGGACAACGGGCAGGUUUUUGGAAACUGGACUUUUGGAACAAUUGUGUUUACAGUUCUAGUGUUUACAGUAACCCUCAAGCUGGCAAUGGACACUCGACACUGGACCUGGGUCAACCACUUUGUCAUCUGGGGCUCACUAGCUUUCUACAUCUUCUUCUCUUUCUUCUGGGGAGGAAUCAUAUGGCCCUUCAUGCAGCAGCAGCGUCUCUACUUCGUCUUCGCUAACAUGCUGAGCUCGGUGUCGGCCUGGCUCAUCAUCAUCCUUCUCAUCAUGGUCAGUCUGCUGCCAGACAUCGUGAUCGGGGUCAUCCGCCGGCCACAGGGGCCAGACCGCCACCAGGUACCAGUGCCGGACCCUGCUGGCUGUGAGACUCGCACUCCUCUGCUGUCGGAGGCAACCUCUGCAGGGGCUACUGAGCAGACAUCUCAGUGUACCAGGAUCUUACCAACAUUUCAAUACAAACAAAAUCUCAUCCCUGAUUGGAGACCGCCCGGGCCUCUGCUGAUUGGCUGAAAUGAAAACAAGCUUAUUAAUAAUAGCGCCAGUGUCACCCCGCUAUCAUACAAACUCUUCAAGGAACUGGACUGAAUAGGGAGGGCUACCCGGAAGGCUGCCAGCACAUCGUGCAGCGUGGAGGUGCCCUACUUAAUCUCCAGCUCUGAUCAACACCUUGAACAGCGGCGCACUGUCCUCGCAGUCACGCCUAAUGACCGGGUUUCGGGGCAAUUUCUUUUCUUGGCCAGCAGACGAUUCCUGUCUGGCCCAGUUCCAGAGACAGGAGGCAGUCCGGUUGACCUUGUUUCUCUCACAGAAUAACAGCCCACUGACCUGGCAAGCCUUACCAGUAACUUAAGAGCGAUCAUUUCCGGCAAUUCCAGUUCUAAACUUCGGGGGUGGGAGGGGGGAGUCUGAGGAUACCGUGUCCAACAGCUGAACAAUUUUCAAUGAUUCUGCUGGGAUUUAAAUGAUUAUUAUUGGGGGGUGGGUUUGUUUGGAAGAACGUGUUUUACGAAAAGAAAAUCUAAUCUCCGGGAGGCUCCACAUUUCACUGCAUUCGAUUUUAGAAGAUUCCUGUAUGAAAGAAAUACAAUAUGUGAUGUGCAAAGAAGGAAAGUAGAGAUGCAGUGUGUAAGUGCAAGGGUCGGACAGCACAGUGUAAACACCUGCGAUGUGUAGCAAACACUGGGUUUGAAAUGGCUGCCACCUGACCCAUUUUCAUGUGUCAUGCAAACAGUGUCUCAGGUGAUGUUUAAUCAGUGGCCAAUUUUGAGACGUUGCUGCAGAUUUUCAACCUCCACUUCCGUGAAGGGACUGUAGGAAGUGGUCUUUUAAGGAGUUGUCACAAACCGGUCAUGUCAAACCAGCGCUGUCCUGUCGGCCAUGGUGUAGACGCAGCUGUUGCUAUAUUUCUGUCCAACUGCCUUUUUAUACAUGAAUGUACUGGACUCCCUUUUAACAUAUUCUCUAAACUGUAUCAGUCAAGGAGUUGCAGUCUGGAUUUGAGACUCUUCUUAUUGCCUUCUUCUCAAAUCCUAGCUUGAACUAAAAAAAACCCCCAAAAAACCACAUUGCCAAAUGACACUUGCCAACCACACCCUUACAAAAUGUAUAUAUGCUGAAAGGGGGUUUCCUUUUGGGCCAAUAUUUUAUAUUCUGCCCUCCCGUUCCCUUCCACUUGUCUUUGGAGCUAGUUUCCAUUUCCAGCCUUACCUCAUCACUUCUUCAGAGGGUCAUCCAUCAAAAACAGACGGUUAACGACCCACUUAGGGGUCAGAUGAGAAAAGCGCAGACACUGAGGCCACAGGGAAUCCAAGAGAAGCCCAAGAGGGAAUCGAGGAGCCAGGCUUGAAUGUGACAGUCUGACACCCGUGCCUGUGGGCUGAGAUUGCAGUGUUAAUGAGACGGCACUGUCAAACCUAGCUCUGGAGAAAACAUAUGCAAUAUGUGUAUAACCUGUUUUAAUUAAGCAAGUUACUGUACUACCCCCCUCCAUUCUUCAUUACAGAAGUGCCAGUUCAGUAUCCUAGCCGAUUUUCUUGACUCAUGAGGUUGUGCGUCUGUGUUUAAUCAUGCAUUCUGCUGAAAUUACAUUCCAUUUAAACGUGUUUUAAAUCAGAUUACAUGCGAUUGGAUGAUCUAUGUUUUUGUUCAUAAGUCUUGGUUAAUUUUCUUAUUUAUUGAAAUGCAUAAUUGACCUUAAUAAUUGUACAGUAUUUUAUAUAUUCUUAAUAUUGAGAACGUGAUGCAGUUAUAUUCUGUACAAAUUUGUCCUAAGGGUCAGUCGAUUACUUGUGGAGUAAUGCCAUGCUCUUGUAUGUGAUUGGCUCAAUGGCAAAACCCUGCGCAUGAAUAGUGCUGGGGAGGCGGGGCUUUCUGGUGUUCUGAACAUGCAAGGCCCUCCCCUCACCAUUAUUAGCAUGCAGGUUCAUUUGGUCCUACUAGUUUUGUUGUUGUAGUGUGCUUAUUUUUCAUGAAUCCAGUGUGUCUAUUUUAAAACUACCCAGCACAUUGUGGACAUUCUUCAUGCUGAAAACCAACAUUCCCAAUACUGGACCAAUUGGUGUGUGUUUUAGCAGAAAAGGUCAGUUUCAAAAAUAGAUUAUUGGUUUAGAAGUGGAAUAAACAGAGAAGCAGAAUUAUAGUGCUACUAUGGCCUUACUGCAGCAGGAGCAGCUGUGCUUCCAGUUUGUGUUUAAUAAUGGGCAGUGCUUCUAAGUGAGCAACACAGAAAGCAGAACAUGACAUUUAACACCAUCACGCAUCUUCUGAUCAAUUUUAGCCGAUCCCUGGGCAGGAUUUGCAAGGAGUCUGUGUUGUAGAAUACGUUUUCUAACACUUUUAUAAAAAUGUUCAACUGAACGCAUCCUUAUAAUGCAAUUUUGUAACUUGUAUUUUUAAUCUUUCAAUGAAGGUGUGUGUUUGCUUUAUUUAAAAAAAAAAAAAGGAAAAAAAAGACACAGUUGUGCUAUGAAUGUGAGCAGAAAACUGUUUCCAGAAUGCAUGUGCUGCAGUGCUGUCCUGCCACCUUCAGAGAGGGGAGGACCACACAACCAAGUGACUCAAACCACUGCUGUACUUUACAAGGUGCCUGUAAACUAUGGACCUGCACCAGGAGUCAUAUCACAGGAACCAGUUCAAGAGUCUGCUUUUAAGAUGGCUUCUUUUACAUCUCAAAUGAAUGUCUGUCAUUGGUGUCAUUUUAAAUAAUAAUAAAUGAAAAGUUGGAUACAA